AUUACAACAAUGUCUGACAAAAGUGUUGCCCUUCAUCAAAACAAGACGUUUAUAAAUGAAAGCCAUAAAACAGCAGUGUUUCCAUUAAAGAAGCUCUAAAUAAAGAAACUAGACAAAACUUCAAUUGAUUACAGAAGCUCCAAAUCUGUUUAAUUAGAAUACAUGGAAACAGGAAAUACUCAAUAUUUCCGGUAAUUUUAAGAUGCAGAAGCAAAAUCCUUCGUUUUUCAAGAUCUUAAUAGGCGAUUUUGCCUCUGCUCUGCGUUUACCGCCGCUCUUUGUGGAGAUAUUUGGGGAAAAGCUGUCGCCGACGCUGUCACUCGUAGCGAACGCCGCCGCGGCGUCGGAGAAAAAAUGGGCCGUAAAGCUUAAGAAGAGCGGCGAGCAUUCCCUUUUUGGGGACGGAUGGGAUGUGUUUGUGAAGGAUAACGAUUUGGCGGCGGGGGAUUUCGCAGUAUUCUGGCUGAUGGAUAACUACUCUACUUUCCAAGUUCGACUCUACGACUACACUUGCUGCGAAAAACAACUAUCAUCUUCCCGAUUCUCUCCUGCAGGUGGAAAAUCAACUAAUCUUGAUCGCAAUGUGAGGGUGAAGAAAGGAGAGGAGACAGAUGAAUCUACUAAGUCAGUUGGCACUAUGAAGUGGUGUAACAAUCCAAGUUUCGUAGUUUCCCUUCCACCCCGCGAUAAGAAAAUGAUCAUACCAAAAGGGUUCGUAGAAAAAAUGGGAAUUGCGGGGAAGAGAUGCAUCCCGCUUGAGAAUGCGCAAGGAAAGCGCUGGGAGAUCAAAAUGCGUAAUCAAGGUGAUGAAUUUGCAAUCUAUGGCGGGGAAUGGGAAGAUUUCCGAAAAGCCAACAGGCUGGGUAAGGGAUAUCUUUGUUCAUUUGAACUGGUAAGGAGGUAUGGUGAUCAAUUUCUUCAAUUUCAUUUGGAGAAGAAAGCGAGGGGAAGACCAGAAGGGACCAAAAAAAAAAUCAAUUAGAAAAUACAUGCUGCUGCAUUUACCCUCGAUGUUGCUAACUAGGGAGUAAUUAUGUUGUAUGAUUAGCUUAACAUCACCCAUCUAUGGAAUGACUAUCAAGCAAGAGAUGUGCUGGUGCCUUACUCUGUAGACAAACAAGUGUGUCAAAAGUGUACAUCAAACUAGCGUGUACACCAAACAUUUUUCAUUUCAUCAAAUAAUGUAAUGUUUGAGUGUACUGUGUAAUGCUUUGCAACAAUAUUACACAAAGUACUCAAUUCUGAAAUACCAUUUAUAAAUUUUAACACUCCCUUUAUUUCAAGGUUUAGUCGUUUAGAUUCAGGGGCUUUACACUUUUAUCGAAAUGAUGUGAUUUGAUAUUUAGUAAAACAAUGAAAUAAUAU